UCUCUCUAUAUAUAUAUGUGGGGGGAGGAAGAGUUAGGCUAUAAACCCUUUUUUAACUACAAAUUACGAAUCUAUAAAUUUUAUGUGAAAUAUGUAUGAAUUCAAAAAUUAAAACUUUUGGCUUGUUAUGCGAUUCUAACCCAAACCCAUAUAUUCAUAAAUAUCAUCUUAAAUUUUUGUAAUCUAAAUGUUAAAAAUGAUUCUUUAUUUAUAUUUUAAAAUAAGUUUUUACCUCUCCGAUGAAUUGAAAGAAAACGAAACCCCAAUUUUAUGCAGUGCAUAAGAAUUAGCUCUAUUUCUCAUAAAUCAACCAAAAAAAACUUAUCCCUAUAAAUACAAUCGCUUCCAUUUCAUUUCAUCAUUUCAUUUAUAUUUUUAGUUUUUCAUAUUUCCGAUUUUCCCUCAUCUUUAUAUCCAAAAUCUUUGGAAUAUUCUCCCAUUACUUCGUUGGAUUCAGUAACCUUGCUGACUUAUACCUCUAAUUUUCAUCCCAAAUCUCUCUCUCUCUCUCUCAAACAAAAUUCAGAUCAAAAUUCACCGGUAAUCAAUCCCUAACUCGAUCCGCCAUGGACGACGACACCUCGCGAGAAAUCGAGUACAAAUCCGCCCACGAUCCCCACUCCAAACACGCCGACGUCGUCUCGAUCCAAUCGCCGAUCAUCGUCGGCGCCGGACCGUCGGGGCUGGCCGCCGCGGUCUGCCUGAAGCUCCGCGGCAUCCAAUCCCUAAUCCUGGAGAGAGAGAGCUGCAUCGCCUCGCUGUGGCAGCUCAAAACCUACGACCGCCUCCGCCUCCACAUCCCCAAGCGCUACUGCGAGCUGCCGUUCAUGCGCUUCCCGCCGGAUUUCCCGACCUACCCCAGCCGCCGGCAGUUCGUCGACUACCUGGAGGCCUACGCGGCGGCGUUCGGGAUCCGGCCGGCGUUCGGCCAGGCCGUGGCGAGCGCCGAGUUCGACGGCGCGCGGCGGCGCUGGAGGGUGCGGACGGCGGCGGGGCGGGAGUACCUGUGCCCGUGGCUGGUGGUGGCGACGGGGGAGAACGCGGAGGAGGUGGUGCCGCAGAUCGAGGGGAUGGCGGGGUUCGCCGGCGCAGUGGCGCACACGAGCGAGUACCGGAGCGGCGAGGGGUACGACGGGAAGAAGGUGCUGGUGGUCGGCUGCGGGAAUUCCGGCAUGGAGGUUUCGUUGGAUCUCUGCAACCAUAACGCGAAGCCUUCGCUCGUCGUUAGAGACAAAGUUCACAUUCUCCCUAAAGAGAUGCUCGGAACUUCAACUUUCGGGCUGUCGAUGUGGUUGGUCAGGUUGUUGCCGGUUAGUUUCGCCGACCGGGUUUUAUUGGCCGGUUCGUGGUUGACGAUUGGGAAUACGGACCAGUUCGGGAUACAACGGCCUAAGUUGGGGCCGAUAGAGCUCAAGAUAAAGUUUGGAAAGACUCCGGUUUUGGACGUCGGAACACUUCAUAAGAUCAAAAAUGGAUAUAUCAAGGUAUUCCCUGGGAUCAAGAGAGUGAGACAUGAUUGCGUAGAAUUCGUGGAUGGAAGAAUAGAGAAAUUUGAUGCAAUAAUCUUAGCAACUGGUUACAAAAGUAAUGUGCCAUCAUGGCUAAAGGAUAACGGGAUGUUUAACGAGAAAGACGGCCUCCCUAAAUGCCCGUUCCCGAAUGGCUGGAAAGGAGAGCACGGUCUGUACGCAGUGGGGUUCACCCAACGCGGCCUCCUCGGAGCAGCCAUGGAUGCUAAGAACAUUGCAAAGGACAUAGAAAAAUGUUACAAAAGGAGUUUUAAUUAAUUAAUUAAAAGUUAUUAAUUUCUUGGUUGCAACGUGCGUAUAUAGAUCUAGCUAGUAUCUGAUUUGAUGUACAUAAUAAAUUUUCGUGGGUAAGUUAGAUAUAAUAGAUCGAUUUAAGAUGAGAUUAUCAUA